CCACCCAGCCUCCCUACGUGAGACGGACGCCCAGAGGACCAUCCAUACGCGCAAGAUGAUUAGGAAGAUAACCUAUAGCCUGGGAAGACAUGUGUGCACUGCGGCAUGUGGGACCACCCAGGUGAGAAGAUUUCUGCAUGGUGCUUAUGUCAGGAUUCAGCCCUCCGUACAGGAAGCCCUGAUAGAGGGGAGACCAGUUGUAGCCUUGGAAAGCACCAUCAUUACACAUGGCAUGGCCUAUCCUCAGAAUCUGAGUAUGGCCAGAGAGGUGGAAGAAAUUGUAACAACAAAUGGAGCAGUGCCAGCCACUGUAGGUAUUUUAAGGGGUCGAAUCCAUGUGGGACUCACAGAUGAGGAACUUGAGUUCUUGGCAAGCAGUAAAAAUGUAGUUAAAGUGUCUCGGAGAGAUCUUCCUUUCAUCCUCAGCCAGGGCUUGUCCGGUGGCACUACCGUGUCUGGAACAAUGAUUGCCGCACACAAAGCAGGAAUCCCCGUGUUUGUGACGGGCGGCAUAGGAGGUGUCCAUCGGGGAGGAGAGAACACUCUGGAUGUGAGUGCUGACUUGACAGAGCUAGGACGAACUCCAGUUGCUGUUGUAUCUGCAGGAGUCAAAUCUAUCCUUGAUAUUGGCAGGACACUGGAAUAUCUGGAGACUCAGGGAGUCUGUGUGGCUGCCUUUGGAGAGUCAAGGGAGUUCCCAGCCUUCUUCUCACGCCAGAGUGGCUUCCAGGCACCAUAUCACGUCCGGGAUGAAGAGGAGGCAGCUGAACUCAUUGCCAGCGCUUUGGGGCUAGGCCUGAGCAGCGGGGUGCUGAUAGCAGUGCCCUGUCCCCAGGAGCGAGCUGCCUCAGGCCAGGUCAUCGAAGAGGCCAUCCAGCAAGCUCUCAGCGAAGCCAGGUCCAAAGGGAUCACAGGCAAAGAACUGACCCCUUUUAUGUUACAGAAGAUCAAUGAAUUAACUGAUGGGAAAUCGCUGGACUCCAACCUUGCUCUUAUCCAGAACAAUGCCAGAGUGGGCAGCUGCAUUGCAGUGGCCCUGAGCAAACUACAGAAAGCCAGAAGGACGGGGAACCUGCCUCGGCGAGAGGACACAACCUCACCUCAGCCAGUGGUGAUUGGAGGUAUCAACGUUGACUUUAUAGCCAAGGCACAGAACCCUGUCAUCCUGGACGGUGGGCAAACAAACGCUGGAAGAGUGAGACGAACCUUUGGCGGCGUUGGAAGAAACUUGGCAGACUGCUUAAGCCGCCUUGGACAGACUCCUCUCUUUUUAUCAGCUGUGGGGAAGGAUGAACAUUCAGAAUCCAUCCUGCACUACUGUCACCACAUGGACAUGAGUGCCGUCCUUCAGCUGGAGGGGAAGAGCACAGCCACUUACUGUGCUGUGAUCACUAGUGCUGGGGAGCUCAGCGUCGGCUUGGGUGAUAUGGACAUCCACCACCAGAUAACAGAGCAAUAUGUGUCCCAGUUCAAGGAGAACCUGUGCCAGGCCCCGCUAGUUUGCAUUGAUGGAAAUGUGCCUCUUUCCACUAUUCAGUAUGUCUGCCAACUAGCUAGAGAGCAUCAGCUAGCAGUGUGCUAUGAGCCAACAGAUGAGAACAAGGCUUCUAAGCCAUUCCUCUCAGACAGCUGGAAAGCGCUUACGUACAUUUCCCCCAACCUGCAAGAGCUAAGAGCAAUAAAUCGGACCCUCGGGAACCCUCUGCCAGCAGAGCUGCCAUCCAGGUUGGAGGAUGUUGUCCAGACUGCAAUGGCCCUGGCCCGCCCUUUGCUGGCCCACCUGCACUGUGUGGUGGUGUCCCUUGGCGCUCACGGCGUCCUCCUGUGUGGCAAAAGCCUGGCAGGGAGCAUCUCGCUUCGUCCAGGAGCUCACGAACAGACUGCUGCUGCCAGCCUCUGUGCCACCCACUACCCCGCCAUCCACAUCAGCAGGGAGGAGAUAGUCAAUGUCUCGGGCGCCGGCGACAGCUUAAUGGCGGGAAUCCUUGCAGGGAUGCUUGCUAAACAUGACGCAGAUACCUGUGUCCAGAUGGGUCUGCUUGCUGCAAGCUUGUCUCUCCGUUCCUACGAGCCCAUUUCCCCAGAAAUCAGCACUUCCAGUGUCAGCCAGGAGCAAGUCAAGAGCAGGAGCUGGCCAGAGGUGAAGGUAUGGAAGAUGGACUAGAGCGCCGUGGCUUUCUCAUCCAUCACCUCCUCACCCUCCCAGCAUUGCUGUUUCCAGGAACUGGGCUGUGUUUUGAGCUUCGAGCUCAAAAGCUGGCUGCUGACCAGAGGACUUAGACUUUUGGUGCGCACUAGCUUUUGGGAGGUGAAGUGUCAAUGGAGUGCAUUUGUGACAACUUGCAUUGCACUGUUCACACUCAUGUUUGUCUGCCUCUCCUUUUUUUUUUUUUUUUGUGGGUUACAGCAACCACAGCUUGGUUCUUCUGUCUACUGCCUGUUGAUAGUUUAUCUCACCUCCCCCUCUAAGGAGAACACUCACCUGUUUUGGUCUUGAGUAAACCCUCAGAGAAGGAGACCCCAACCCAGGGAACUUCUUUGUACAGAAGUGCUGGUUUCUGGUCUUUCAGACCUUCUGCUUCCCUGAACCUCCCAUCCUUCCUAGAUUUUCUCCUGAGGGGAUUUCCCCUUCCUCCACCUUGUGUCACUGUUGUCCAUUAUCAUGGUAGCUCCGCUGUCACCAACUCCUAGAUCUUCAGGACCAUGUCUCUUCAGGUGGGCCCAGCAGCAACAUCCUCUUUUGCUGCUCACUCCUGGUUUAUAUCCAAGAGGUCCCAUGGACCACAACGUGCGGCAAGAUGCAGCUGGCAGGCACGUAACUCUGUAGGACAACCUCAUCAGUCUUCCCAAGCCAGACAGCAAACGCUGCGCUUUCUUGCUCUGAAGUCCAAUGCCCCUGGAGAAAGCAGGCGAGACUAAUCAAAGAAGGGUAACCAGGGGCCAAGCUGGUGGCCUUUAAAAGGUGACUGCCCCUUGUCCUGCACACAUUCAUCUCAACUUGGGGCUUCCUUCCUCCCCAGCCCAGAGUGUCAACCCCACUCACCCACAUACACGCUUGAGAGAGUUGGAGCAAGCCCCUCUUGCCUCUGCCUCAUGCCUGUGACCGCUUGGCAAACCACUGGGUACUUGACACAGAAAA